GCCCCUCGCCAGCAGCAGAGGAGGAGGUGGCGGUGGCGGCUGUGGGCGAGGGAGCGCGAGGGGAGUGAGAGGCGCCGUUGCCGCCCCGGUAUCCGGCAGGACCGCGCGGAGGAGGCGGGAGCGCCCCGGCGGCGGAGGGAGCUGAGUGGCGGCGGCAGCAGCAGCAGCGGCAGCAGCAGGAGGAGUCAGUGCCCGGCCCCCCCCCCCGCGCAGCCCCGUUGCAGCCCCCCCCCCUCCCUCCCGCCCUCCGCGCUCCGCAGCCACCAACAUGUCGGCGCCGGCGGCCAAAGUCAGUAAGAAGGAGCUGAACUCCAACCACGAUGGGGCCGACGAGACCUCAGAAAAAGAGCAACAGGAAGCAAUUGAACACAUUGAUGAAGUACAGAAUGAAAUAGACAGACUGAAUGAACAAGCCAGUGAGGAAAUUUUGAAAGUAGAACAGAAAUACAACAAACUCCGCCAGCCAUUCUUCCAGAAGAGGUCAGAAUUGAUCGCCAAAAUCCCAAAUUUCUGGGUAACAACAUUUGUCAACCACCCACAAGUAUCUGCACUGCUGGGAGAAGAAGAUGAGGAAGCACUGCAUUACUUGACCAGAGUUGAGGUGACAGAAUUUGAAGACAUCAAAUCAGGUUACAGAAUAGAUUUUUAUUUUGAUGAGAAUCCCUACUUUGAAAAUAAAGUUCUCUCCAAAGAGUUUCACCUCAAUGAAAGUGGAGACCCAUCUUCAAAAUCUACUGAGAUCAAAUGGAAAUCUGGAAAGGACCUGACAAAACGUUCAAGCCAGACACAGAACAAAGCCAGUAGGAAGAGGCAGCAUGAAGAGCCAGAAAGCUUUUUCACCUGGUUCACUGACCACUCUGAUGCAGGGGCUGAUGAGUUAGGAGAAGUCAUCAAGGAUGACAUCUGGCCAAAUCCCCUACAGUACUACUUGGUUCCUGAUAUGGAUGAUGAAGAAGGGGAGGGAGAGGAGGAUGACGAUGAUGAUGAAGAGGAGGAAGGAUUAGAGGAUAUUGAUGAAGAAGGAGAUGAAGAUGAGGGGGAGGAAGAUGAAGAUGAUGAUGAGGGAGAAGAAGGAGAGGAGGAUGAAGGAGAAGAUGACUAAUUGAACACUGAUGGAUUCCAAACCCCCUUUUUACCUUUUUAAUUUUUCUCCAGUCCCUGGGAGCAAGUUGCUGUCUUUUUUUUCUUGUGCUCAGUCGCCUUGUUCUCUUGAGGUCUCUUUUUCUCUCCUCUACACCAUGGUUCACAAUUUCUUUUGGGGAAAUAUCUUGAGCAGAAUACAGUGGAAAAGAAUCUACCAGUUUCUGUUUCAAGUUCAUUUUUAUCCCUUUCUGUCUCAAAACAAAAACUGUUUAUGAAUUCAACACACCAUGUUCUGUGGGAAAAAAGAAAACCUUCUGCUCCCUUCACUCUGCUGGAAGCUGAAGAGUGCUAGGCCCCUGUGUAGUAGUGCAUAGAAUCUAGCUUUUUUCCUUCUUUCUCUGUAUAUUGGGCUCAGAGAUUACACUGUGUCUCUAUGUGAAUAUGGACAGUUAGCAUUUACCAACAUGUAUCUGUCUACUUUCUCUUGUUUAAAAAAAAAGAAAAAACAACAAAAAAAUAAAAAUAAAAAUGGGGUUAUAGAAGGUCAGCCGGGGUGGGUUUCAGAAGUUUGGGUGGGUUAAGUGGGCAUUUUGACAACAUGGCUUCUUCUCCUUUGGCAUGUUUAAUUGUGAUGUUUAACAAACAUCCUUGCAGUUUAAGAUGACACUUUUAAAAUAAAAUCUUCUCCUAAUGAUGACUUUGA